AUGGCUACCGAGUUAUCACCAUGCUCUCACUUGCCCUUGUACCUGCUGGAAUCACCUGCCCACACAGUUAUUGAUCAAGGUGUCUUUACGUUGCGAGAUAGGAGCCAUGUUGGUCGCCUGCCCAAACCUGACCUGCCCAACCCAGGGGAACCACCGCGCUUAAACGUGGCCUCUCUGAAUCGCUUCCACCUUGCUGGCGCAGACCUCGUCUGGCAUCACCACCAUGGACACGGCCUGCGCUGGCCGCUGCGGGGCAGGGAGGGUGGUCAGAGGCCGCAGGACGGCCGCGGAGCCGCCCCCGACAGGGGGCCUGGCCAUCCUGUCGUGCGGAACCUGCUGGCAGCGCGACUGACCCGAGCCCCGCAGCACCUCCGGGCGCCAGGCCGCCCCGGCCCCUCGCCGUGCAUCCAACGAGGACCGGCCUGCACGGGGCCCGCCUUUCCCGCCGCAGGCCGGCCUGGUGGGGGAGGGAGGAGCGCGAAGCGGGACGGGACGGGGCAGAACCGCGCAGACCGCUCUCCCGGCUGUCGUCCGCCUGCCGCGAUGCCCAGUGACACCCCGGCCUUCAGCAAGCCCCCGGACGUCGCGGGCCCGGGGGACAAGGCGAGCAGCUUCGGGAAGGCGGCGGCCCCCAUGGCGGCCGCCCCGGCGGACAGGGGCGCCGCUGUAGCGGGGAAGAAGCGGCCGCGACUGCCCAAGUGUGCCCGCUGCCGCAAUCACGGCUACUCCUCGCCGCUGAAGGGGCACAAGCGCUUCUGCAUGUGGCGGGACUGCCAGUGCAACAAGUGCAGCCUGAUCGCCGAGCGGCAGCGCGUCAUGGCAGCGCAGGUUGCACUAAGAAGACAGCAAGCUCAGGAAGAGGAACUGGGAAUCAGCCACCCAGUGCCCCUGCCCACUGUCCCUGAGACGUUUGUUAAGAAGAACAGUGGUGGCAGCUCUUGCCUCUCGCUGGAAAGCAGCAGCCCAAUGCACUCGACAAGCACAGCCAUGACAGCAGCUAGUACACCACCAGAGGGACGGAUGCUCAUUCAGGACAUCCCUUCCAUCCCCAGCAGAGGGCACUUGGAGAGCACGUCUGAGUUGGUUGUGGACUCCGCCUACUACAGCAGUUUUUACCAGCCGUCCUUGUAUCCUUGUUAUAACAACCUGUACAACUACUCCCAGUACCAGAUGGCAGUGGCCAGUGAGCCUUCCUCAAGUGAAACAGGGAGUACAAUUGUAGGGUCGGCCAUGAAGAACAGCCUUCGAAGUCUCCCAGCAACAUACAUGCCGAGCCAGUCAGGAAAACAGUGGCAGGUGAAGGGCAUGGAGAGACACCACGCUGUCAGCUCCCAGUACCGCAUGUGCUCCUACUACCCACCUGCUUCCUACCUGGGACAGGGGGUUGGUGCUCCCAUGUGCCUCCCCCAAAUCCUGGCCUCUGAGGACAUCCCCUCCUCCUCGGAGUCAAAAGCAAGAGUGUUUUCACCGCCCAGCAGCCAGGACUCCGGCCUGGGGUGCCUGUCGAGCAGCAGCGAGAGCACCAAGGGGGACCUGGAGUGCGAGCCCCCCGCGCAGCCCGGCAGCUUCGCGAUGAGCCCGGUCCAGGAGGGCGGCGAGUAG